AUGCUGGAUGCUUCCUGUCCUUGGACUUCAGACUCCGGGUACUUCGGCUUUUGGACUCUUGGACUUACACCAGUGGUUUGCUGGUGGCUAGCAGGCCUUCAGUCACAGACUGACGGCUGCGCUGUCAGUUUCCCUACUUUUGAGGCUUUUGGAUUUGGACUGCGCCACUACUGGCUUCUUUCUUCCUCACCUUACACACAGCACAAGAGGAUUCAGUAUGUUUGGAAAAAAUAUGAAGGAAUCAGAGAGGGGAAGACAAUAAAGAUGUGUGAAAAGUACUUUAAGUGUCUCCCUGAAGUAGAAGAGAGACUCACCUAUCUCAAUGUAGAAAAAGAAAAGCAGCAACAGAUGGGUUCUGUUCCCUCCUCGCCACCCAGGGGUGCGGGAAAGCCCCCUCCCGCCCCAGGGCCCCGGCAACAGUGGGGGACGCUGGCUCGCCAGUUUCCUUCCCUCCAGCUCCCCGCGCUCCCCGCAGGGCGGGCCGGGGCGGGGACAGAGGAGCGCGGCGCGGAGGGUCGCAGGCUGCCCACGCCCGACGGCUGGUUAUUUAUAGCGCGGGCUGCGCGCGCGUCACGGAGCCCGGCCAGGCUGACUGGGCCGCUGACGCGCUUGGCCGCGGGGCCGAGUCCGCGGGGCUGCGCGCCGGGCGCCUGCGACAAUGGGCUUCUGUGUGUGCAGCUGCGGCCGCCGCCGGCGGCCGGGGGAGGGGGGCGGGCGACUCCCCAGCUCCCCUCCUUUUCGGCCGCGACCCCCGGAAAGGUAAUCGGCCUCUUUCGCUCCCGGCUAGGACCCGGGCCUUGUGGACUUUUUUUUUUUUUUUCCUAUUUUAUCAGUAAGUUCCUCUUGCCUCAGGCUCCGCUUUCACUUCCCGCGUUCCCCACCACCCCCAAACCGCCCCAACGUAUCGAAAGAGGGGGAUCUAUCCGGCCGGGGGCGCCACUUUGUGCUCCCGGGGAGCGGGACGUACCAGGCGCGCCCAGCGGGGGAUGCGGUGACCGAGGGGCCGGGAGCGCCGGGCAGGUAACGUAUCCUGGACCUAGAGUGGAGGGCUUUGUUUGGAGCGGGAGGAGGGGAGCGGGGGUGGGUGUGAACGCCGGACAGCCCUUCUGGGACUCCUCUCCCCCGCCUCCGCCCCCUCGCCUGCGCGCUGGAAGCCAAUCGGGUUGUGUAGCGCGAAGAGCGAAAGAGAAACUUCUCCUGCGUGACUGACUAGUUGAGGCUCCGCCCGAGAAGCCGAGAUAAAAGAGGCCCGGCUCCCGCCGCCGGCCCGCCCGCCUCUCCUCCCCCUCUUUUCCUCCCCCGGCCGCUCCCUCCCGUCGCCCCACUCCGCGAAGGCUGCGGACCGGCCCCCCACAUCUCCCCCACCACCUCUGGCGGGUAGGGAUCGUGGACGCCCCCGCCCUGCGGAAGGUGGGGCUGGUGCGGAUUUUAGGGACUUCCUGGGACGCGGAGACCGGUUCUGAACCAUCCAUCCCCUUUCAGCUACCAGGAACCAGGGAAAGCUCGCUCUGGAGCGUCUCGCACGUGGCAGGCAGGCAGAGAACUUGCUGUACCUUCUAGGAAAUUGCAAUCGAUUUGUAACGCACUUUCGCUAAUUGGGAGUUCAAAAUUAAACUUUAAUAAAGCA